AUGGGCCUCAUCGUUGUGACAGGCGGCUCCGGCAAAGCCGGCCACACGAUCCUCAACCUUGGACCUGCGACAGCGGACAAGUAUUCAACGCCCUGUCCAGCCAGUGGACACUGCGCGAGCCCCUUCCCCGAGGGUCUCCCACCACGACCCGACGCCGUCAUCCACCUGGCCGGGUACGCGCGCAACAUGGUGCCAGACAACGAGACCUUCCGGGUCAACACACAAUCAACCUACAACAUCAUCGAGGCAGCCUGCAAGCUAGGCAUCCGCAAGAUCCUCAUCGCCAGCAGCGUGACUGUAUACGGGGUCGCGUUCGCACAGGGCGACGUUGAGUACCCGGCGUUCCCGAUCGACGAGGACCUGGUCAUCAAUCCCACCGACACAUACGCACUGGUCAAGCUGUGCGGCGAGCGCGUGGUGCGCGGCUUUGCCGCCCGCUUCGGCGCCGACAUCUAUAUCCUGCGCACCGGGCGCGUCAUCGAGCCCGGCGAGUACAACGAGGAGAUCUUUUAUAACUAUGUGCACGAGCCGGUGCGCUGGAAGGCGCAUGGCUGGUCGUAUACCGAUGCCCGCGAUCUCGGCGCCAUGUGCGAGGCUGGACUGCGGACAUCCGGGUUGGGGUUCUAG